CUCAGCCUGUUCCGGCCUUGGUAUACAUCACUAUUGAGACUUGCCAGUGCGCAUUGGCGUGCAUACAGCAGCUACUAGAAAUGGAAGACCUGUCAAAAAUGUACUACCAAAACCUUUCAAAUUGGUGAAGUCAGCAAGAAAAAUCGAAAAAUGGGAGGAGUAAAUUGGAGUGAAUUAUUCCCAGGAAGAUGGAGUCCUGUCAUUUUCAUCUCCUACAUAACUCUCUUUAUAAAUCAAGGUAUUCUUGUGACAUGGUCUCAAAGAAGUGGUCACUAUGAAUACAACAUUGUAGCUGUUGUGUUGAUGACAGAAGUCUUAAAAUUGAUUAUAUCUACAGCACUCUAUUGUAAAGACAAUAGUAUUCUAACUCUUCUUCAGGAGAUAAAGAAGAAUAAAAAGGUACUUCUGCUGUAUAUGGUACCUGCAUUUUUAUACUGUCUGUACAACAAUCUAGCCUUUGUCAAUUUGGCUAGAUUUGAUCCUACGACUUACUAUGUCUUGUUACAACUUCGUGUUGUAUUUACUGGAAUUAUUUUUCAAGUCAUUUUUAGCAAAAAGUUGUCUGGGAUACAAUGGGUUUCAUUAGUGAUCUUAACAAUCGGUUGUAUGGUAAAGCAUUUUGAUGUCAAUGUUCUUGGAUCAAAAUUCCAUGUAGAUAUUUUUCUAUUUCUAAUGCUUAUACAGACAAUAUGCUCUUGCUUAGCUGGUGUAUAUAAUGAAUACUUGCUGAAACGGCAAGGUGCAGACAUCGACAUUUUUGUACAGAAUGUAUUUAUGUAUAUUGAUAGCAUUUUCUGUAACAUUGUAGCAAUUGUUUUAUUAAGUACAUUCAAGAAUAGUGUAAAUGAUACGUUUAGUAAUGUUGAAAUCAGUGCGUCUUUACAACCGAAGGUAAUAUUAAUUAUGUUAAAUAAUGCACUUGUUGGUAUAAUAACGAGUUUCUUCUUAAAAACCUUAAAUUCUAUAUUAAAGACUUUUGCUAGUGCUAUGGAAUUGAUUUUUACAGCAACGCUUUGCUGGAUUUUGUUUAAUAUACCUAUUAACAUAAAUACUGUCAUUUCUAUAGCUAUGGUGAGUUUUGCUGUCAUUUUAUAUUCGAGAAAUCCUGUACAAAAUACUCAACCAAAGGAGACAGCAGAAAGUGAAAUGCUUUUAGUGUAGGCAACAUUAUAAAUUUUUAAAUAACAAAAAAGUUAAAAUACAAAAUAAAAUUUUAAAACUAAAUAAUAAUACAUGUUACUAUUAAUAUUAUGUUGUUAUAAAUGUUUUAUAUAUUUAUGUGAUACAAGACAUAACUGAAUUAGGGAUAUAAGAUAUUGUUAAUUUAAAACAAUGAAUGCUUGCAAACAAAACUAUUA